GUCAUGGCGAUCACAUCAUAUGGCAUGUAAUUAGACAGCACACACAAUCUUCCAAAUUCGCAGCGAUUCUUUCAAGUAGUAGCUAUGGGUCGAGUGGUGGUGGUCGCGGCGGUGAUUGGGGUGGCGACGGCGGUGGCUGUAGCAGCAGUGGUAGGUCGGCGGUUUGUGAGAAAAUGGCGUCGUAGGGCGAAGGCAUUGGCGAUAGUGAAGGAGGUUGAGGAGAAGUGCGCAACCCCUAUCGCCAAGCUGAGACAGGUGGCGGAUGCCAUGACCGUUGAGAUGCACGCCGGUCUCGCAUCUGAGGGUGGCAGUAAGCUCAAGAUGCUCAUCACUUACGUCGAUAAUCUCCCCACUGGGGAUGAGGAAGGACUAUUUUAUGCAUUGGACCUUGGAGGAACUAACUUUCGUGUAUUACGUGUGCAACUGGGGGGAAAGGGAGGUGGUAUUGUUAGUCAAGAAUUUACUGAGGUGUCAAUUCCACCUAAGUUGAUGGUUGGAUCAUCAAGUGCACUAUUUGAAUAUAUUGCAUCAAAACUUGCAAAAUUUGUUGCCGAAGAAGGACCAGAUUUUCAAAUUCCUCCUGGUAGACAGAGGGAACUAGGUUUCACCUUUUCCUUCCCUGUCAUGCAAACAUCAAUUGAUUCUGGGAACCUUAUAAAGUGGACAAAAGGCUUCUCCAUAGAUGAUACAGUUGGUAAGGAUAUUGUGGCAGAAUUGACAAAAGCCAUGGAGAAGCAAGGUCUUGAUAUGCGUGUAACAGCUCUGGUCAAUGAUACAGUUGGAACAUUAGCUGGAGGUCGAUACACAGACAAAGAUGUCAUUGCUGCUGUUAUUUUAGGUACUGGAACAAAUGCAGCAUAUGUGGAGCGUGCUCAAGCAAUACCAAAAUGGCAUGGCCUUUUGCCCAAGUCCGGAGAAAUGGUUAUUAACAUGGAGUGGGGAAAUUUCCGGUCUUCACAUCUUCCCUUAACCGAGUUUGAUCAUGCAUUAGAUAUGGAGAGUUUAAACCCUGGUGAACAGGUUUAUGAGAAGAUAAUUUCUGGUAUGUAUUUGGGAGAUAUUGUUCGAAGAGUGCUAUGUAAAAUGGCUGAAGAAGCUUCCUUUUUCGGGGACACCGUUCCUCCAAAGUUGAAAGUUCCGUUCACAUUAAGGACACCUGACAUGUCUGCAAUGCAUCAUGACACGUCUGCUGAUCUCAGUGUAGUUGGGAACAAACUGAAGACCAUUUUUGAGAUACAAGAUAGUUCAUUGGAAUCAAGGAAGGUGGUUAUUGAGCUCUGCAACAUUAUUGCUACACGCGGCGCUCGUCUUGCCGCUGCCGGCAUGUUGGGUAUCCUGAAGAAGCUGGGGAAAGACACCCUCAAUGACAGUGAGGGUCAAAGGUUUGUGAUAGCCAUGGAUGGUGGAUUGUAUGAGCAUUAUGAUGCAUACAGCAAGUGCCUAGAGGAUACCGUGGCUGAGUUGCUUGGAGAAGUUGUCUCACAAAACAUUGUCAUACAGCACUCCAUGGAUGGUUCUGGAAUUGGUGCUGCUCUUCUUGCUGCUUCUCAUUCUCAGUACCUUGAAGGCUAAGUUACCACUUAUAUUAGUAUUUUUUUGGGUUUGUAUCAAUUUUUUUGGAGGUCAUUUUUCCCUUCUUGAUCCUCUACAGAGUUGACUCUUACACUUUUGUGUUAAGGCAAAUUUUGCUCUUUAAACUUAUUGUUUAAGGCAACCUUCCUUGGCACCAUUCCUAUACAUUCAUAUAUUUAAUUCAUUCAGAACAAUUCUUUA